CCAGUUAGUGGAAGACAGAUUCACUAUGAAGGGAAGCAUCUUUAUCAUCCUUAUCACUAUUGGGAUAUACAGCGGCAUUUUCAACACUUCAGCAUGGUCUGUGAACAACUUUCUCAUGACAGGACCCAAGGCAUAUUUGACAUACUCUACUAGCGUGGCUGCUGGUGCUCAUCUUGGGAUUGAAGAAUGUAAAUUCCAGUUUGCCUGGGAACGCUGGAAUUGUCCAGAGAGUGCGCUUCAACUUUCCACGCACUAUAAGCUUAGGAGUGCAACCAGGGAGACCUCUUUUGUUCAUGCCAUCAGCUCAGCUGGAGUCAUGUACACACUUGCCAGGAACUGCAGCAUGGGUGAUUUUGAAAGUUGUAGCUGCGAUAGCUCAAGAAAUGGACAUUCUAAAAACCGGGGAAAAGGAUGGAUUUGGGGUGGCUGCAGUGACAAUGUGGAGUUUGCUGAAAAAAUUUCAAAACACUUUGUGGAUGCUUUGGAGACAGGACAUGAUACUAGAGCUUUAAUGAAUUUGCACAAUAAUGAAGCCGGGCGGCUGGCUGUGAAAUCAACCAUGAAGCGAACGUGUAAAUGUCAUGGGGUAUCUGGGAGCUGCAACAUCCAAACCUGUUGGCUUCAGCUUGCAGACUUCCGAGAAAUUGGAAGUUAUCUGAAAACCAAAUAUGAUCAGGCUCAGAAGCUAGAGAUGGACAAGAACAGGAUAAGAGCAGGGAACAGCGCAGAGAGUCGGGGAGCCAAAAACGAGGCCUUUGGCUCUGUGCCAUCCACAAAUCUUGUGUUCUUGGAGGACUCUCCUGACUACUGCACCAUCAAUGUCAGCCUGGGCCUUCGGGGCACGGAGGGGCGGGAAUGCCUGCAGGGUGGCAAGAAGCGGAGUUGUAAGAAAGUCUGUUUGGACUGUGGGCUGAAAAUAGAGGAAACGAGGACAGAGGUUGUCUCCAGCUGCAACUGCAAGUUCCUCUGGUGUUGUACAGUGAAAUGUCAGCAAUGCAAACAAGUAGUCACCAAGUAUUAUUGCUCCAGAUCCGAGAGCUUUUCUUCCAAUAACAUCCGGAAGCGAAACAGGGCACCCAGGAGAUAA